GUGUAAUCUGAUAAUUAUCUUGCACGAGGAUCUCCGACGAAGCAUCCAAAUCGGUACAGUUCUUAUUCAGGAGAAAAAUGGCGGUUCCAGUAGCAAAAGCAGCGUCGCUCGCCCACAUAGCUAGAGAAUCUUCGGAUAUCCAUCGCCUUUCUGAAUUCUACAAAGAGAUGUUUGGAUUCGAGGAAAUUGAGAGUCCAAAUUUUGGAGAACUCAAGGUUAUUUGGCUGAACCUUCCUUCUGCCUUUCAACUUCACCUCAUCGAGAGAGACCCUAAAUCCAAGCUACCUGAAGGUCCAUGGAGCGCCACGUCACCCGUUGUCGAUCCUAGCCAUCUUCCCCGAGGUCACCACAUCUGCUUCUCUGUUUCCAGUUCCAAUUUUGACUCUGUCGUUCAUUCUCUCAAGGAAAAGGGCAUACAGACAUUUGAGAAAACCCUACCAAAUGGGAAGGUAAAGCAAGUCUUCUUCUUUGAUCCAGAUGGUAAUGGAUUGGAGAUUGCAAGUCGGGAAGAUUGAGUAAGAAAGAUCUAACUUUACAUGAUGUAAUCGAAUGUAGUCUUGUCUGCAGGCUUAUAAAAAGGGUUCAUAGUUGUCUUGUUGACUUGUGUUGUGUAUCAAAAAAUGGGAAUGUAAGGAAUUGAUAUAAAAAGUCAAUAAAUUUGGCUAUACUGACUGAACCAGUCGAAUCAAAUGGUUGUAUUUCUUAAUGAAGGCUAUGUUGGGCGCCA